AUGAGAGUGACUCCCUAUAGAUCUCGUUGGUUGCCAGCAAAAGCAACUUGGUUUGGUAGUCCCAAUGGAGCUGGAACUGAUGGAGGGGCUUGUGGAUUUGGAAAUGCAGUGUCACAACCUCCUUACUCUUCCAUGGUUUCGGCGGCAGGACCAUCCCUAUUCAGAUCAGGCAUGGCAUGUGGAGCUUGCUACAAGGUGAGGUGUACGAGUGAUCAAUCCUGUUCUGGCAGACCAAUAAGGGUCGUUAUUAUGGAUUCUUGCCCUGGAGGUCCUUGUGCAACUGAUUCUGCACAUUUUGAUCUUAGUGGGACUGCAUUUGGUGCGUUGGCACUUCCUAGUAGAGCAGACAUACUUCGUGGCAAAGGAGUUUUGGAUAUUAAAUAUGCACGCAUUCCAUGUAAUUAUGGAAGGAGAAAGGUAGCCUUCCACGUGGACAUGGGUUCAAACCCAUAUUACUUCGCAGUGGUGACUGAAUUUGAAGGAGGAGAUGGUGAUCUUGCCAGCGUUGAGCUCAAAGACUCGUCAACUCGCAGAUGGAUGCAUAUGCAGCAAUCGUGGGGUGCUGUUUGGAUGCUUAGUCCUGGCUAUCCAUUAAACCCUCCAUUUUCAAUCCGAUUAAAGACACUCUAUUCAGGCGCAACCUUGGCGGCGAAAGAUGUGAUUCCGCGAGGGUGGAGCGCCGGUGCAACUUACCGAUCAACUGUUAACUUUAUAUGA